AGUUGGUUAUGCUGUUUACAACCACCAUAUUUUGCUCUCGUUGAGAUCCAUCUCAGGAUAUGAAGUCAUUGCAUUCCAUGUUAGAACUGAGAAAUGGUGUCAUGUGGAAGUAGAUACAUCUAGUGACAUGGCAUGUUCACAUUUUCCUUUCCGAGGGAGGGCGGUGGUUUUGGGCAAUCGGAUGUAUGCUUCAUCCAAGGCAUUCGCGGUGGUUCUUGAAUUUUUCUUCGAUUGUGAAGCUUAUUCUUUAACUCCAAAGUUGGUGUUUCCGAGGUUGAAAAGAAUGCACCUUGCAAACAUGGAUAUUGGUGUUCAGACAGAGUAUUUGGUUCAUUUGGGUGGCUGGGAUUUUUGUCUUGUCCAGAGUGCCUACGACUACAAGAGGAUUGAUCGUCAGCCUUUGUGGAUCACCACGUUCCGAAUCAUUGUUGGAAGCGGAGGAAGUAGCAACAUCGAGAUCUUGCAUUCAACUCUUCGUGAUGUGUACAUCCAUAAUGCUUGGCGUUUUCUGGUUGAUUUGAGCUUCACGCCAGAUUGCAAGAAUAGUGAACGCGAAAGAGAAGAAGAAGAAACAAGGUGCUAGGGAAAGGACACAAAGGGACUCAAAGGGAAAGUGUGGGGGAACACUUCUUCCUCCCAGAAAAAAAUCAUAUGAACCCACAGAUUCUCAGUUCAAUGCGGUUCAGUUGUGUAUUUAUGUGUUUCCAAUUGUGAGAGUUUUCUUUUUGAGCUAUGAAUAUUGUGACUUAGUAUUGCUUUCCAGUAAUUUCUUAUU